UCCGCUCCUUCGGCACCGAGGACCGCCCGACGGACCGGCCCAUCCCGCCUCGAGAUGACACCUUUGAGUACAUCAUCUUCAGAGGCAGCGACAUCAAGGACCUGACGGUGUGUGAGCCGCCCAAACCCACCUGCUCGCUGCCCCAGGACCCCGCCAUCGUCCAGUCGUCCAUCAGCACCAGCUCUUCGUCCGCCGGCGCCUCCGCUCCGACGCCGUUCCAGUCCGCCACCUCGUACGGCCUGUUCAGCAGGCCUCCGGUCCCGGCCUACAACCAGUUCAGCACCGCCCCGCUGGUCUCCACUCAGUUUGGAGCCGUUGGUGUCGGACGCUUCGUGGUCCCGUUUGUGAGCGACCCAAGCUCCGCCUCCGGCCAGAACCCCUUCAUUGGUUCUGUUGUCCCCUCUGACCCGCGGUCUCUGGGGCCUGAAGGCAGCAGCAGCAGCCCCAGCCUGGACCCCGUGAGAAAGAGUCCCACCUUGGACCAGGCUAACCAAACGGGCUCGUCUGCCCCGCCGUCUUCCAGCACGGCGCCGGCCCCCGGGCUGGGUCGCAGGAGCCCCGCCCACGGCCGUGCGGCCGCCCCGGCUCCCGGUCCGAGCGGCCAGAAGCCUCAGCACCAGGACGGAGGGGACGCGAGGAGGGGAGGAGACGUCCAGAACUCUCGCAGAGCCGAGGGGGAGCAGGCGAGAGGCGAAGCCAGAGAGCCCAAUAAAUGUCCCACAGCAGGAAGCAUGGGAGCAGCUAACCGCCGCGGCCGAGGGGGCGGGCACCGCGGCAGGGGGCGCUUCAACCUGCGCCGGGACGGACCCAUGAAGUUCGACAAGGACUUCGACUUCGAGAGCGCCAACGCCCAGUUCAACAAGGAGAUCGACCAGGAGUUCCAGAACAAGCUGAAGCUGAAAGACGAGAAGUCGGAGAAGGUCCUGAAUGGCGAGAACCAAGGGGACGCCCCCGCAGAAACUCAGAACAGCGAGGGCAACACGGACGAGUGCGACCCGCUCGGACCCAACUGUUACUACGACAAGUCCAAGUCCUUCUUCGACAACAUCUCCUGUGACGACACGAGAAAAGCAAACGAGAAGUCCGGAGGCUCCGGUUUCCCACGGGAGCGCAGGCAGACCUGGGCCGAGGAGAGGAGGAUGAACGCAGAGACCUUCGGCAUCCCGCUGCGACACGGCCGAGGCCGCGGAGGUUUCCGAGGCGGCCGCGGGGGCAUGGGCUUCCGCGGAGGUCGAGGUCGCUCCGCCAGCCGGGGCUCCUUCGGACCCCCGCAGGGCGGCGGCUACAGGGGAGGGUACCGUGGAAACCAGGCCGGGCAGGAGUUUGCCAACUUACCAUUCAGGGUAAAU